CGGAUUCUCCCCCUUUCAAACUCAACGUACAAGAUCCAUCGUAGGAUUGAAGAUGAACAACAACCAAGGAAUAGGUGACGUCACCGUCUCCUUCCUCCAACGUCCAUAAAGAAGCGCCACACUCACACACCAAUACUGCUACUGUAACUGCUCUACAAGCCAAGAAAGAAAGAAAAAAUUACGUUACGGAAUCUCUUCAACUUCAAAUUGCAUCUUGAUAUGGCUGAUAUCAGGGAUGAAGGAACAACCCCCAAGAGCUCUGUUUCUUCCCCUCUGAGGAAUCCUAAUGUUACCCUUAACGAAAGGAAUUUUGCUGCCUUCACACACAGAUCAGCUGCUGCUCAUCCUUGGCAUGACUUGGAGAUUGGUCCUGAAGCCCCUGCUGUUUUCAACUGUGUUGUUGAAAUUAGCAAAGGUGGCAAGGUGAAAUACGAGCUAGACAAGAACAGUGGCCUUAUUAAGGUUGAUCGUGUCCUGUACUCAUCCAUUGUGUACCCACACAACUACGGCUUUAUUCCUCGAACCAUUUGUGAAGACAGUGAUCCUAUAGAUGUCCUGGUACUCAUGCAGGAGCCUGUGCUAACUGGAUCGUUCCUCCGUGCCCGUGCUAUUGGAUUAAUGCCCAUGAUUGAUCAGGGUGAAAAAGACGACAAGAUCAUCGCAGUGUGUGCUGAUGAUCCCGAGUUCCGUCAUUACAGAGACAUCAAGGAGCUUCCUCCUCACCGUCUAGCUGAAAUCCGCCGCUUCUUUGAGGAUUACAAGAAGAACGAGAACAAGAAAGUGGACGUUGAAGGUUUCCUCCCCGCUCAAGCUGCCAUAGACGCGAUUAAAGACUCCAUGGAUCUUUACGCAGCUUACAUCAAAGCUGGCCUGCAGCGUUAGUGAACCACCUACACGCUCGUUAUGGCUUGUGCAUUUUCGCAAUGUACAUCAAAAAACUUUUGUCGCAUUAUAAGCUUUCUAAUGAUGACGAUGAAAAAUGCCAGUUUUCAAUCAUUAAAACUUGGAGAUACAUAUAUUGGCUCUUGUCCGAUUUUUUAUAUUAAUGAUGUUUGCAAACUCUUCUUUGUCUUCUUGUAGUUCACUGAAUAACGUCAUCUCUUAAACGAGUAUA